AUGGUGGAAGUAGGAGUAGGAAACGACGCAUGGGAUGCACUGAAGAAGUCAUCAGUUGGAGUUUUUCCUAGAAUUUACGAGCUUGAUUUCAUAUGGUCUGCAAAGGUUGUUCAUUACCUCUUAACGCAUCAGCUGGUAGUUAGAAAGAACUAUGAGAUAUGGUCGUUAAUUGAUUGGCAGCCGAUUCGUCUCUCUUUGUUAGAGUUUGGUGAGAUAACUGGUUUGAAUUGUGAUAUGUUUGAUGAUGGCGACCUUUGCAAAGUUGACCAUAAAGAAUUUUGGGCAGAACUGAAUGUGUGUACAACUGUUGGUCCUAGUCUGAAUGAGUUGCAGUUGGUAUUGGGAAGAUGCAAGAACUGGAGUCUUGAGAAAAGGAUUAUGGUAGGACGGUUGUGUAUUUUGCAUAUCGCAAUAUUUGGCAUAGCUCCUACACGUCGGAUCCCGUUGGAGUGUGCAAAGCGAGUACUUGAUUUUGAAGCUUUCGAGAGAUAUCCAUGGGGUCGAGUUGCAUGUAAGAGUUUGAUACACUCCAUUAAGUGUGUCAGUUAUGACGCAAAGAAAUCAUAUACAAUGGAAGGAUUUGUGUACGUGCUACUCAUAUGGGGAUAUGAGGCUGUUACUGGCCUAGGAGAGCAGUACGGAAACAAAAUUGUUGGGGCAGAAGUUCCUCUCCUUUCAUGGGCUGGAUCAAGAAAACGGUUCGUGUCUGACGACUUCAUUAGACAAGAAAAAAUCAAACACGAAGAUAAGGUUCGUGUACGGCAUUUCUUUUCACACGUUGACGAGAAUUUAGUCCCUAAAUGGGAUGGUGAGCUUGAAGAUGAAAAUGUGAACCACUUGAUCCGUGAUAUACUUGAUGACUGUGUCAAUCGUAAAGCAUGGGAUUUAGUUGAAACUUCUGUUACGAAGAGGACUAAGCGUAAAGAAUCUAUCCCCAUGAAUGUUUCAGAGGAUUCAGCAAACAAGGAUAAGAAGGCUAAACCUAUGGAAGAUGGUCGGUAUAAUGCUGACGGUAAUGAUACGCCAAGCACUGCGAUGUUGACCAUGUUGAAGACUCUGACCGAAAAAGUAGACAACAUGAACACCAAUAUGGCUACUAAAUUAAUGGCUGGUUUGGAUGCAGCAAUUGGUACGAAGGUUGAUGUCAUAAUUGGUCCCUUAAUUGAGAAAGUCGCCAUCUUGGAGAUGGAAAUGCGAAAGAUGAAAGGAAAAAUGGUACCUGAAGAAACAAAAGAAGCUGCCAACUCCAAUGUGAAUAUCAAUGAGGAAGUGACAAGUGAUGCUAUGUCUUGGAUGGUGGAGAUUAAAUCCACGUCUCAGGAUGGUAUACCAGCUCGACAUGUUGUUAAGAAAGUGACGAAGACAUGCAAAAAAGGUGGAGAUAUGGGACUUGAUAAGAAUAAUUUGUUUGAGAAUAAGGUUUUCAAAACCAAGAUACAAGUCCCACAUCUACUCGAUACUGCCUCUGAGGAAACAUGGUCUGAUACAAAGCAGCGUGAAAAAAUUAGAAAAGUUAGUGAUGGCUUAGAUGCAAUUGCAGCAGCAGCUAGAAAGUUUAAUAAGCCUACAUCUUCCACGCCUCAGCCGAAGCGCCAAACAAAGUUAGCAUCGUCUCAGUUAUUUCCAUUCAUAGGAAAUUCUACCGUCAAGCGCAUCAUCACAGGUGUAAUACCAUCUGUCUCAGCAUAUGAUCCGUUUGCUGUUGUUGAAGACACUAAAAUUCGGAACUUACUACAUUUUCUACUGGAUGAUGAGGAGGAACCAGACAGAACCUCUGAAUGUAGUGUCGAAUUUUAUAAAGUGCUUAUAACUCCAAGAGAAGAGUGGCGUACACCUACAUAUGGUUGGCUGACUAACUGGCAUAUGUGGUCUGCAAUGCAUAUGUUCCAUAAGAGAUCUCUUUGUGAUCCUUCACCGUACCAUUCUCAGCGCAUUGUGUUUUUGGAUCAGUGUGUCGUCAUCAAACUUGUCAGUGAUUUCAAAGAGUUCAACCCUAAAACGUGGAGUGCAACGGAUAUAUAUAAGGGUAUUUUCAAUGGCACAUAUCCAGCUGACCGCAUCACAAACAAGAAGUGGCUUCAAGAUGUUGAUCAUCUGUAUGCAUGUCAUUUCAUAAAUGGUAAUCACUGGGUUGCUUUAGAUAUUGACUUGGGGAAGGAAACCAUUCACGUGUAUGACAGCAUUCUUAGCAUAGUAGAGGACAAUAAAGAAAUUCGAAAUGUUUGUCGGCCUUUUGCGAAGAUGAUUCCGACGAUUCUGAAUGCUAUGGUUCCUACUACUCUUCGGAAGAAAAGUGAUAAACAAUUCGCUGUACGAAGACUGAGAACCGUUCCACAAAAUGAAAAACCCGGAGACUGUGGUGUUUAUACCAUAAAGUACAUUGAGUGCUUGGCAAUCGGUUGCACAUUUGAAGGGUUAAGUGAUAAAAACAUUCCAGAUAUUCGAAAGAAUCUAGCUGCUGAGAUUUAUGACGAGGUUGGACAGCCGCAAAUAGCUCAUUUAUUUCCUCAUUCACCAAUGUAG